AUGAGUCGCUACUUUCUCCGAGAUCCCGAUUGCCAGCUCCUCGUCCAAUGCCAAUUCAAUGACGCGCUCUUCAUCGAGAACCCAGAGACCAAUUCGCAUUCAUACCCCGAAGUCCUCAGCACCGACCCCGUCGAGCAGACCCCUUACCCCAUCUGGGACACCGAGCUCGCCUGGGACCUCGACGCAGAGGUCCUCGAUAUUCUCCGGAUUGAGCAUGCCUCGCUCAAACUCAACUGCUUUGCAGUCAACCAAAAGACAAACGAGGAAGAGUCCCUCGGUCACAUCAUCCUUGACCUCUCCUCCGCCUUUGAACCCGAUUCCACAGAGGAGCGCUGGAAACCCCUGACCGGCUCAAACACCGCCGGUUUCCGUGGACUCCAGCCUGAGCUCAAGAUUGCCUUUUCAAUUGACGAUGGCAUCUCCGAGAUCACCCCUACCAUCGACACCCUCCUCACCAGCAUCGAGUCCUCCUCUGGAUCCGAGGACCUUGACCACGCCGAACAGCACACUGCUCGCUACAGCAAGUCUAACCUUCAUCCCCUCCAGGGUCUUGAGGAGGAGGACGAGGAGCAGUACGAAAGUGAGGAUCAGGACCGACAGGUGCCCUCCGCCGGCGACAAGUCGUUUUACCACACCCGAGACGACGACGAGGAUGACGAGCUCGAUGCCCAGGUCCCCGAAUUCGAUGCGGAUGAGGCCAUGCAGAUGGACAUCCCUGUGGAUAUUGGCGAGGCAAUGAUCCCUACAGAAGUGAACGAUAAGGGCUUCCUCCAACUGGGACUUGGCAGAGACUUUUUUAUCUUUACCAUCACUAUCCAGACCACCCGCAACAUUGAUCGUCUUGUGGAGCGCUAUGCAUCGACUCAGAACAAGAGCACAGCUUCGGUUCACCAGGGCCUCUACCUCUACUACAGCUUUUUGGGCAACGAUGUCGCCACCCAGUUCUUGAGCAGCACCGCCGAGUCAGGAGCACCCAUCGAGGAGAUUGCGCUGAGACUGAAGUCGUCGAUGGAGUCGAUGUACCAGCAUUUUAGAGAUGGCGAGCAGCUUGUGCUCCAUCUCUGCCAUGACCAGAACCUGAUUGGUAUCGCCACUAUCCCUCUGGCUGUCAUUCUGCUGCACGGAACCGCCAACCUAUUCCACGCCAGCCCUCAGUUCUACCCCUUCCAGCCCGCCAUUGCCUCUGACGAGUCUGGAUCCAAGCAGUCUCCCUCCGACGUUGCCUUUGUUCAAGUCGCCAUGCAUGUCACCCGUGACUUGAACACCCUCUCGGUUCCAAGCACUCCUGCCAUCCGCCGCUCUUCCCAAGGUGCCGCAUCCAGGAGGGCCACUCGCCCCGCAGCCAUUGAGGUUGACACCUCCCGAAAGGUCAACUCGUCCCACUCUUCGCGGUCCCCCCGUCGCCAUGACUACAAGUUUGCGAUCGAGCUGAGCUCGUUCAAGUCCCUCUCACGUCACUUGAACAACGUCUCGCUCCGCUACAACUACCGCCCCUUUGGACCAAAGUCCACUCAGCCUCCAGUCAAUGUCUCCCGCCUGGUGCCGACCGCCUUGCCCGAUGCACGUCGCACCUUCCAGCUCUGCCAGACUCCCGAGGCCCUUCGCAACCAGCUGAAGACGCCCUUGGUGGUCGAGGUCUGGUGCCAACACCCUGAGACUCGUCAGAAUGUGUUGCACGCGUCUGGCCAGAUCCACUUGAUCGAUAUCCUGGACGAAACCUCCGCCCCUACCUCUGAAGGUCGUGUUCAGCAGAUCGAGUCGAGCUGCGUUGUCGUGUUGGAGGAUAGCAACAGCCCUGUUGGUGAGAUUCAGUUCUCGUGCUCUCUGGAGGACCUUGGCGAGUACUUUGAUAGCCAGCAGAGCGAAAUUCUGUCGACGACACCCGUUCACUCGAUGGAGCUUCAUAACCGCCACUCUCGCGUCUUCUCGGAAGACAUGGCGAGCAGCGGACCCGAGCCUCAGUACGGAUUCCAACCCCGUGGCAGUAAUUACGAAGUCGUCUCGCCUGAGCAGGAUGAUGAGCGUGCACAGCGUGCACAGCGUCAACAGCAGCAAACGCAGCAACAGCAGCAGCAGCAGCAGGAGGUGCCUUCCGCCAUCUCUCGCUUUGCCGAGGGUUACAGUGAGAGCGACCGUAUGGAGACCCCCACCGGCACCGGAAGGACGAGCCAGCGCCCCACUUCUGUCCGUCUCUCCCAGGUGCGCCACCUCUCCCAGGCUCACCAGAACAGCCACCCUCAUCAUCACCACCCUUACGGCAAGCCUGCCAGCCCUUCUGGCAAGACUGAGCCUUCUAUGGAUUUCCAGACUAUUCUGAAGCAGCAGUUGGCCAAGCAGGCUGAGCUAAACCGCCAAGUCGAGUACGAUCUCCUCCGUCGGUCGCCCAUCUCCAGCCUCCCCCACUCUCUCCAACAGACCUUGCAGGCAGAAAAAUCGAACGGUCGCCCCAACACUACCUUGGAUUCGAUCGACAGAUCGAUGGUUGAUGGGUUGUCGGAGGACAUGAGCGCACAGCAGGCCAAGCAGAAGAUGAAGGACCUCAAGGCGUUGGACUACCAGGUCCAGAAACAGCUGAUUGCUUUGGAGUUCCGUGAGCGCAAGCUGUUGAGAGCCGAGGAAGCACUCCAGCGCCAGCAGACCAACUUCCAGAAGGUCCUUGAUCGCCACGGAUACGCCCAGGGUUCCUUCCAGCACCCCGAUCAGCCCUUUGUUCUUCAGACCUCGUCGAACGGUGGUCCCAACAGCAGCUUCAACAAUGGUUCCCGCGCCCCCAUGGCCGGAAGCACUCCCAGCGCCCAGGACUUUUUCUUGUUGCAGGAUCGAUUCCGUGCUCUCCAGAGACAGAACCAGUUGAUGGAGGCCGAGUUCAACCAGUACCGCCAGGAGCACCCUGCCCACAUCAACAUGACCAGCGUCAACUCGUUGCACCAGACGAUUGCCGAGCUCGAGUCGAACAACAGCAAGUUGAUGAACGACAUUACUUUUGCCAACAACUACAAGGAGCACUACAAGGCCCUCUGGACCCAUUCCCUCCAGGAGAUUGCGUCGAUGCGCCAGGACUUGCAGAUGGGCAUGGAGAUCAAGAUGAUGCAGCAAUUCAACGAGGUCGAUCAGCUCAAGCUGAUGGGCAUGACCCGCGCCGAGGCUGACCAUGGUCAGGACCGGAUCAUUCUCCGCGGCAUCAAGACUGAGCUUGAGAUGUUGCAGCAUCAGAUGCAGCCCUCGUUCCCCGAUGACGACAUGUCGUGGGAGCAGCCCUUGCAGGAGGUCCCUGGUGUCGGAUUCGGACGUCAUCAGCCUGGCGACCGUGAGGACGAUGAGGAGGAUGCAGAUGACCAGAGCCAGCGUCAGUAUGGCCGUCGCGGUCCUACCCAGUACUCCACCGGACAGCACCAGCAACAGCAGCACCAGCAGCAACAACAGCCACAACACCAGCACCAGUCAAGGCAACAGCCCUCGCAGCAGAACUACCGCUCUGCCGCUGCUGUCGGAUCCAGUUACGAGACGUUCCCCACCUCGACCCAGAUCUUCCGCGGAGUCCCCAGUGAUGGCGUCGUAGCAUCAGCAACAAGCAAGUUUCAGUUGAACAACAGCCGGUCGGCUGCGAACCUGUCCUUCCCUACGGAUGAUGAUGAGGAGCAGGAGACGACGCUGGUGGAUACCAACAUGUUGAGGUCCAUCAGUGGCGGUCACCCUCACCACCAACAACAGCCACUGCAGCAGUUUGGACUUCACCAGCAAUUGCACCAGAAGCACAGUCAACAACAGCAACAACAACAACACCAGCACCAGAGCACGAUUCGUCCCUAA